UAGAGCUGUUGUGUGAACAGGGUUUUAAGUUGGAAUAGUUAUGUUACUUUAAUAGAUGUCUUCUGCAUUAUUCUUGAUCAUCCUCUCUUCUCUGUUAGUCAUCAAAAUUCCAUCCUUUCUUCCAUCACCUUCUUUACAUUCUUUUCAGCAUACCAGAUUCACUCUUCCAUCCAUUUCUUUUGUUCAUGCUCAUGUUCACUCAUACUUCACUCUUGCUAUUAGUUCUUAUUCUCUGAUUGGUUCUCUCCCUCUGACUUAAGUUCAUUAAUAUUCAUUAGCAGCUAUUCAUUUGCCAUGUAUAUUCAUGUAUUUCUUUUAUUUGCAAUCUUUGAUAUUUGAAUAUUCAUUAUUUUCCUUUGUUAUAUAUAUAUCAUGCAUGUUAAUAUUUUAUGCCUAAUAAACCCCUGAGGUUUAAAGUAACUCAGCCCAGGGCAGUUCAUCACAGGCAAUCACUGAGUGAGGUUGUCUCUGUAAGUUCUUAGAACCACGCCCUUUACCGCUCUGGCCACACUACAAAUUGGUAGCAGCGUUGGUCCCCACAACUUCAGGCAGAGACUCAAGCAAGUGAUAGCCUCAAGCUAUAUUCACCCUACUUCGAGUUGAGUUUAGCUUGCAUGAUAUUUCAUCCUACUUCAGAAAAUUAAUUCACCCUACUUCAUGGUUGGCAAUUUUCAUCCUACUUCAGAGAUUUUGAUAUUCACCCUGCUUCAAGAUAGACAUCUUUGCUCUUCUCAGCGUGAAUUUACUUGGAUGUGGAGUCCCUGUUCUUCAAUUUAGACAGAUUUCUUCCUCCAUCUUGAAUUUUGACAAAUACAGAAAGUCAAGUCUCCAUUGAUUGAAAUUACCAGAAAUUUUCUCAGGUGAAGAUGGAAAAGAUUUCCACCAAUGGAUCCGCCGCUUUGAGUUAGCAAUCCAAGUUAUUCCUGAUGGUCCUAGCAAGGCCCAUAUUCUUCUGCCAGCUAGACUGACUGGUUCGGCAUUCACAGUAUACGAAGGAUUGCCGGAAUCUCAAAAAAAGAACUUUAACUUAAUCAAGGCCAAGUUAUCACAAGUUUUUGGAAGAUCCCAGUACAUAGAAACUUUCAAAUCAUGUAUUACAGCCAGGGUUAGGCAGUACAACGAGCCCUUGGAAGUCUUUGCUUCUGCCGUUAUCACUAUGGUUGAGGAGGCUUUUCCUAGCUACGAUCAGGAGGCAAAAGAGGGGGAAUGUUUUCGCCGGUUCAUCGCUGGUCUCAACACUCAAUUGCAAGUGAAGAUACAUGAACUUGGUGGUAUGACUCUCAACGACGCACUUCAAAUCGCAUUAAGAGUCGAAAGAGCGCAGCAAACAGAGAAGACGCAACAAGUCUCCCUUAAUCCAACUCCAAGUCCUGUUGCAGCAACAUCACUAGAUCCCCUGUACUUGAAGUUGAUACAACGACUGGACAAUAUAGAGAAGAAGAUGGAUGGUUUGUCGCUUUCUCCUUCUUUGCAUGACACCCACCAUCGUCAGGCUGACCGCCAUAGGUCUCCUAGUCCUCCACCCUAUCCUCACCAAUCUUCUCGUUAUCGAUCACCAAGUCCACGUCGCUAUGAUGAUCGUCGUAGGUCAACACACCCUGAACGUUAUCGAUCACCAAGUCCACGUCGCUAUGAUGAUCGUUGUAGGUCAACACACGAACGUUAUCGAUCACCAAGUCCACGUCGCUAUGAUGAUCAUGGUAGGUCAACACACCCUACACAACGACCUCGAUCUCCAUCCAUUACUAAAGAACCUAGACGCAGUUUUGAUCAACGAUUCCAACGAUCACCCUCUCGUCAUGUUCGUUUUGAAGAGGGAAACUACCAAUAGUUGGUGACGAGGGUCAGUCAUCAACAGUCACUACCCCGACCCAUGUUGACAUAGAAUAUGACUCCUCAAAGGAACAGCAACCACCCUACAUCCCUAUCACUUUUGAUAACAAGUAUGUUUUGGCAUACAUUGAUUCAGGCUCUUACAUCUCUGUCAUUAGCAGUGAGUUUUACGAGUCCAUACCCAAAUCUAAAAGGAGCCCCUUAAUGAAGUGUCAUUUAGCAGCUACUUCAAUCACUCGAGAAGUA